AUGGCUUCAGCUGAGAGCUCCCAUACUCCGCCUCCUGGCGCUACAAUCCAUCAGCUCAAGAUCAAGGCCAUAUUCGAUGCCCUCAGCGAGCGCGACAAGCUCUAUGCCCACUACCUUGCACGCGCAGCAUGGCAUGGAAGCAGGAUCAUUAUGCGGCAGGUGUCACCAGAAAGCCCCGACAUUUUCGACUUCAUCAUGAAUCUCUACCGUGCCUGUGAUGGCAAAUGGGACACCUUGAUAGCGCAAUGCAGCAUCACUCCUGAAGAGCUGACUGCAUUUCUCGAGUAUGCCGCCAUGUUCCUUUGCAACUUGGGCAACUUCUAUGGAGAGGGCGACCAAAAAUUCGUCCCUGAUGUACCGGCAGAAGCUCUCAGGAAACUUGCUGGCAUUUCCCCAGAGACAAAAACCGGGCUGGACAAGAUCAUCGACCCUCUGCUGGCAGUUCCACCUUUCAGUCUCGGCUAUCCUGGUAACAAUACGCAGUCGGGCUACUAUCCCACCAAGGAGCCCAUCACUAGGGACGACAUUGCCAAGGUCUCGGACGUCAUGAACAAAAAGUCAAUAGGGCCGGAAAAUACUCGCAUUCGAAAAGUGCUCAAGGAUUGCAAGCCUGUCUUACAGCUGUUGCAAGCUUCUGCAGAAACUGAUCUACUCGAGAAUGGCGACAACCAACUCGCAGACGGCAUCUUGCUUAUCCGAGGCGAUCACUCGGAGGAACUAGCCAAGAUCUGCUCCGAUUUAGAAUUGGCAAAGCAGUACGCAGGCAACGAUAAACAAACCGAGCUCUUAGCACAUUACAUCGAAUCCUUCCGCACUGGCAGCUUAGACGCUUUCCAGGAGUCGCAAAAGGCCUGGGUGGCAGACGUAUCGGCCAGGGUCGAAAACAUACUUGGCUUCAUCGAGCCGUACCGCGACCCGGCUGGAAUCCGUUCCGAGUGGGAGGCCAUGAUAGGCAUUGCCGAUGCCGAUGAAGUCGGGAAACUAAAGACCUUUGUCGAGAGCUCGACUACAUUCAUCCGGCAGCUCCCAUGGGCGGUCAAGGAUGUGAAUGAUGGCAAGGGACCAUAUGAGAAGAGUCUGUUUGAGGCUCCAGACUUUACUAGUGUCCACGCGCUGGCUGUGUGCGGCAGCAUCGUCUUCGAAGCCGCCAAUCUCCCGAAUUACGAAUAUAUUCGCGAAACCCACGGCUUCAAAAACAUUGUCCUCGCAAAUCGUCUCAGCGUCAACAACAGCCCCAACCUCCCCUGCCACUGGAUUCACUCCUCCGAGCUCAACUUGUUCAAAAGCACCACGCACAUUGUGAGAUUCCUCACCACUGCCAUUCACGAACUGCUCGGCCACGGCACAGGCAAGCUCCUCAGCGAGACGUCGCCAGGAACUUACAACUUUGACAAGCAGAAUCCUCCCAUCAGCCCCCUCAGCGGGGAAGCCGUAACUUCACACUAUCUGCCCGGUCAGACGUGGACAAGUAUCUUUGGCAAGCUGGCAGGAACAGUGGAGGAAUGCCGUGCAAUAUUGAUGUCGGAAUAUUUCAUGGACAACAAGCAUCUGCUAAGCAUUUUUGGUUACACUGAUAGCAGCAGCAUCACAGCUGACGACCUUCUCUACGCCACAUAUCUCAACAUUGGCGUCGAUGGUCUGCAAGCACUCGAGCAUUACAACGUCCAAGGCCAAGCCUGGGGCCAAGUCCACCACCAGGCUCACUUCUCCAUUCUUAAACACCUCCUCCAAGACGGCGACGGAACCAUCUCUAUCGCGCACCACCCCCUGCAGCAAUCUCUCACAGUACAUGUUGACCGAUCCAAGAUCCUUUCCCACGGCAAACCAUCUCUGGGCUCGUAUCUCUGCAAGCUACACAUCUGGCGCUGCACCGCCGAUGUGUCCGCAUGCAGCAACUUCUACGAGCCCUUGUGUGCAGUUGACGGCGUGUAUGAAGAAUGGCGCAAGAUUAUUGUAUCGAAACCGAAGAUGAAGUGGAAAUUUGUGCAGUCAAAUACCUUCCUCACGGGUGAAACUGUCCAAGUCAAGGUUUACAAGGAGACUAACGAGGGCAUUAUCCAGUCGUGGGCUGAGAGGGACGUUUAA